GGGAAAUUUUCCCAUCGACCAAACAGCCCUUUUCUUUCCCAUAUUCCCUGGGUUUCGCUCUUCUUUCUUCCACACUCCGCACCACGAGCACUUCCCAUCUGCCAAAUCUUUUGGGGUUUUCCUUUCUCCCUUCUGCCCUUCUGUCUACGAACACGAAGCUUCGACCUUUGAUCGAAGAAACCUGCCAUGGCGUAUGCAUCUCGCAUAAUGAAUCACUCGAAGAAGCUAAGGGACGUUCCCAGCAUAUUGCGGUACAGACAUGGAGGCUUGGUUCGUUGGUUCUCGAAUGAGCCUCUUGGUAAAAGAGAAGAAAUUUUGAAGGCCCGCAAUCAUGUAAAUGUGGCUGCAGAAAAAGGAAGUUUCUCCUGUACUGCCAAUGGCCCCGUUUCAUCCUUGGGUAUUUUCAAGAGACAUGUUUCAACCAUGAUCAUGAGAUCAGGAAAUCCAAUGCUUGUGCCGGUGGCCGGCUCACAAGUACACUCAAGGAGAGCCUUUUCAGCUGAUUCAGGUCUACCUCCACAUCAGGAGAUUGGAAUGCCGUCUCUCUCACCAACAAUGACAGAGGCAUGUACCUUUCCUGCAGCUUACUACCGUUGUAGUAUUUUGUUGUCUUCUAAUAGCUUUUCCAUUUUCUCUAUUCUACAGGGGAACAUAGCAAGAUGGCUAAAGAAAGAGGGUGAUAAAAUCUCACCAGGUGAAGUGCUUUGUGAAGUGGAAACUGAUAAAGCAACUGUCGAAAUGGAAUGCAUGGAAGAGGGUUUUCUUGCGAAGAUUGUAAAGGGAGAUGGAGCCAAAGAAAUUAAAGUUGGCGAGAUCAUAGCCAUUACUGUUGAAGAUGAGGAAGACAUUGGAAAGUUUAAGGACUACAGCCCUUCGGCUUCAGGAGCAGAUGCCGCACCACCUAAAGAGCCAUCUUCCUCUGCUCCACCUCCACCAGCAAAAGAGGCUGUUGAGGAACCAGUUAGUUCUCCAGCACCAAAGACCCCCAAGCUCACUCCAGCAUCUUCUGAAGAUCGCAUUUUUGCUAGCCCUCUGGCAAAGAAAUUGGCUGAAGAGCACAAGGUAUCUCUCUCAGAAAUCAAAGGAACUGGUCCUGAUGGAAGAAUUGUGAAGGCUGAUAUAGAAGAUUACUUGGCUUCACGUGGCAAGGAAGUUUCUGCACCAGCACCAAGGACCAAGGCCGGUGUAGCAGAUGCUGCUUUGGAUUAUGUUGACAUUCCUCACACUCAAAUUAGAAAGGUCACUGCUGCACGCUUAUUACUGUCGAAGCAAACUGUUCCUCACUAUUACUUAACAGUUGACACACGAGUUGAUAAACUUAUGGAAUUGCGCAGCCAACUCAAUUCUUUGCAAGAGGCCUCAGGCGGGAAGCGGAUAUCUGUAAAUGAUCUUGUGAUCAAGGCUGUGGCUUUGGCCCUUAAGAAAGUUCCACAAUGCAAUAGUUCAUGGAAUGACACUUACACUCGCCAGUAUAAGAAUGUAAAUAUCAACGUAGCCGUACAAACAGAUAAUGGGCUGUACGUUCCAGUUAUUAGGGAUGCCGACAAGAAAGGUUUGUCAGCAAUUGGGGAAGAAGUCAAACAUUUGGCCCAAAAAGCCCGGGACAAUAGCUUGAAGCCAGAAGAUUACGAGGGAGGAACAUUCACUGUGUCUAAUUUGGGCGGGCCUUUUGGCGUCAAACAAUUCUGCGCCAUUGUGAAUCCUCCGCAGGCAGGAAUUCUAGCUGUUGGUUCAGCUGAGAAGAGGGUAGUACCCGGUUCCGGUCCUGAUGCCUACUCGUUUGCUUCAUUCAUGGCCGUGACACUAAGCUGUGACCAUCGGGUUAUCGAUGGCGCUAUUGGGGCAGAAUGGCUGAAGGCAUUCAAGGGUUACAUUGAGAAUCCUGAGUCGAUGUUGCUAUAGAGAAUUGAACCACGUGGGCAAGCAAUGGAAGCCAAGCGUGCAUCUGAAACCAGACACACUGAUAACACUGUUGGAAACUCCAUUCCGGUUUUUUAUUGCAUUCAUUGAAUUCGAACGAGCAAAAGCAUGUUUGAUAGAGUUAGCAUUUCCUUUAGGGGAGUAAAAAGAAACCGUUGUUGAUGAGUUCAAUAAGAUAGGGGAUUUUCAAGGCUUUGUAAACCCAAAAGGUACCUCAAAUUUUUUGACACCAGCAGAGACGGAAAGAACAAAUGGCCCCAUUCCAUUGCUUCUGCAGAUGCAAGAUUUUUAAUCGACCAAGUCGAUGUUUCGUAUAGUUACAUUCAAAAUUCUUGUUCUAUUUCAUUUCCUGUAUUUACAUUCAAAAUUCUUGUUUAGUUUAAGGGCUGGCGCCCUCAGGUUAGUGUUGGACACCGAUACUUGGAUCAAAUAAGACCAAUCCGACGC